GUGGUUUUGUCCCCACUUUAUCAUUUUUGUCCAUCACUAAGGGUUCGAACCCAGAGAUUUCGGAUAGUUUUUUUGGAAUUCCCAAGAUAACAGGUUAUUCUACAUCCGAAAUUUAGUCUAAAGGCGAUCGUUGUGACCUUUGCCACCGUUCGUACAUGCAGUCAUAAUAACAAUGACUGAACUUGAAGUAAUAAUUUGUGAUGUGAUAACGUGGCUGUUAACGUUGAACGUAAACUGUGGCACCUUGCUAGCGGCAUAUUGUCUCCGUGACCUGUCGGCAGUUUAGAGGAAUCACCAGUUAAACCUUCCGUAUCCACUUUCCGUAGGCAGUCCCUAUUGUUUUUGUGGAUAUUUACUUCAUUGAUGUCUAUAACACUUUGCAGUUUUUCUAAUUUGAUUUUCGAAGCCUCGGUGCUUGAAAAAAUACCAGUCUUGGUGCACGUACGGGCUACUUUCAAGUUUCAACGUAUAGGUUUCGGGGCUUGCCACCAUGUGCUUUUGCGAAACCAAUCUUUGUUUAUGUGGAAUGGUUUGCACUUUUGCCUGUAGGAAUAUUUUGCAACCGGUACUGGCAUAUAUAUGACCGCACGUGCAAGGAUAAAAGACGUUCUGCAACAGCAGUUGAGCUGCGAUGGUCAAUGGAGUACACCAUACACGUGAUGCAUUUCUUAUGAUUGCUGCUGAUUUGGAUGGGCGCUGUUAUGGAGAAAAUAUGUUUUAUGAAAUCUUAUUUAUUAAACUUCGCUGAGGAUGGAAAAACAGAUUCUUAUAAGCUUUGUUAGCCGCUUGGCGUUUUGUUUGCUGAUUCUGAUACCAAAAGCCGGUGGCCAGAUGACCAAGGCAAGGAAUUAUCAAGUUAUCGAUCGUAGGAUCGGGCAGCAGUAUCCAAAUGAGCUGGAUUUAUUACCGCGACUAGUAAUACCUAAUAAUGAUUCCCAGAUUGCUCGUCAAGCUUAUCCAGCAUCCGUUACGAGUGGCGCGGCCAUGGACCGGAAUUCGCGAGCAGUUUUAUUAGUUGAUGGACACCGGCAAGCCGACGUCACCCAGAAUUCCUCACUUGCCCAGCGUCUGCAGCGGCUGCUUAUAAAUUCUACCGACAUGACGUUGCUUCUGAAAUUACGCCAGAAUUAUAAUAACACCGGCGCAUUGCUUGCCAUGGACAUCGAUACUUUUAGAAUGAUAGAACUGAUCAGCCGAGGAAAACUCAGCGAGCUGAUAUUGCUGAUGCGCAAUGGAACAAACUUCACAGCGGCGGUAAUUCCUUAUCGUCUGGCCGAUAACCAAUGGCACAGUAUUGCCAUGACCUUGGAGUCCAGUCGGGCGGUGCUCCGUCUGAAUUGUAAAGUGGUUUUUGAGUGCCCUUUGGCCUCCGGUGUAUUUGACAUGAUCCGGUAUCGAAAUGUAUCGCUAAGAAUCGGGGAAAGCAAUCUGGAAUCCGUGCUUGGCAAAGAACAAUUCAAGGGUGCAUUACUUGAGGCCAAAGUGCGGACGGGCCCCAAUGCCUACUCAUCCCAGUGUCCCAGAGAAGUAUCCGCUAAUAAAGUCCAGUCAGCCCCGACUGCCGCAGGAGCCACUGAGGAGAAUAAGUUACAGAGACGAGUUGACAGAUUAGAGAACACCGUAAGAUUACUGGAAACAAAAAUGGCCAACUACGCCAACCGGGUGCUGUACUUGGAGGCCCAACUGCUUGGCUCAUGCCAAACAUCCACUGGACUUAUCAAAAGAGAUAACGAAAGCUGGGAAGAGAAAUGUCGGAAUUGCACAUGUCGGAAUGGAGUGCGCGACAGCUGUCCGGAAAUCCCGUGCCCGGAUGUGUGUCCUCCCGGGGAAGAGGGGAAACCGUUCGAGUCGUGCUGCCCGGUCUGUCAAGCCUCCUGUAAUCUUAUGGGUGAAGUUUUUGCGCACGGUGAUCCCAUAUCGUUAUCCAAGGAGCGCGGCGCUUGUCUGCUCUGCCACUGUGUCAAUGGUCGCAUUGAUAACUGUGCAUCGAACAGCGAAAUUUGUCCCAUCCUUCCAUGUCCGGAGGAUCAGCAGAUGCAGGAACCGGGAAAGUGUUGUAAAAGAUGUCGGUUGACGAAAAGCUGCGGAAAGAUUGCUCGGUGCCACGAAAACGCUACCUGUGUCUUAACACCGAUCGGACCGGAAUGCCGAUGUAAACCGGGAUUCGCCGGAAACGGGAGCUCGUGCGAAGAUAUUGAUGAAUGCACAAUGGAAAACAGUGGACCGAAUUCUACUGUCAAUCACUGCCGCGCUAACACCGUCUGCAGUAACACUUUUGGAGGUCACCAUUGUGAGUGUUUACCGGGAUAUAACCAUACCAAUCCUUGGUCUUGCCAAGACAUCAAUGAAUGCCAGAACGGAUCGAACCUAUGUGCUGGUCAUGCCAAAUGUAUGAAUAGCGAAGGGAGCUAUAGUUGUCAAUGUUUGCCGGGUUAUGAAGGCGAUGGAUUCACUUGCACGCCGAUUUGUGAGCCGGUGUGUCAGAACGGCGGCCACUGUUUUGCUCCCAAUACCUGCGCUUGUCAAGGGGGAUUCUUCGGUCCUGAGUGUCAAGUAGACGUGGAUGAGUGCGCGUUUAAUAUCUCCAGCUGCAAAGCUAAUUCCGUAUGCGUCAAUACACCUGGCAGUUAUUUCUGCGAGUGUAUGGAUGGCUAUAAGGCCGAGAAUCCUUAUUUGAGAGAGCCAGUGUGUCAAGAUAUUGAUGAAUGCUAUUCCGGUGCCCACUUUUGUCCUCCAUUAACCCGGUGUCAGAACGUUAAAGGAUCGUGGAAGUGUUUGUGCCCUGUUAACGAGACAUGCGAUAUGACUUGUACAGAAAACCGAUCGCCGCAUGCGCCCAAUGUUUAUGGUGACCGAUGCCAAAACUGUACUUGCCAGGACGCUGUGUUGCAGUGCCGACCGGUUGACUGCGAUUGCAAGCACGGUGAACGCGACGUUCUGGACGGAUGCUGUCCGGGUUGCAACGUGAAUAGAAACCUCCCAUUGUGCUACGAUGCGGUAACAAAUGCUUCCUAUCCAAGUGGCACCUACUGGUUUGAAAACUGCCGAUCUUGCGAAUGCAAGCUGGGAGCAGUCCGAUGCACUGAUGUUAAAUGCCCACUUCUGAAAUGCGCACCAGAAGAAACAGUUACCAUUAAGGACGGUGCAUGCUGUCCAGUCUGCCAAAGUACGAGAUUCCCGGAUCGAUGUCUGGCUGAUUUAACGCGGGAACCGGUCCGAUUUUCCUGCGAAGCAAAGCGCAUCGGAAUGGGAUCCUUCUUUAGGGAAUGGACAGAUAUUUUAGAUGUGUGCACCUUAUGUGAUUGCCGGGAUGGUUCCAUAUGCUGUACCGUGCAAAACGGUUGCCGACUCAGAAGAUAUCGAUUGAUCCGAAUCCGGAGCAGUUAGCUCUGUCCAGUCUCACAAUCAGCUCACCUCGAAUCUGCUCCCUAUAUAAGUCUCCGUGUGAAAUCCCACUUCGUCCUUCUCAUGAUCUGGAAACGUUUUUUUAUUGACAGAGUUUAUAAAAUUUUCUCGCCCAAAUUUGAAAGUACAAAAACUUUUCUUGUGCAGAUUGUUGACGCUGGUAUGUGACCCUACAGUAAUGUUAUGAUAUCAGCAGCUGUUCUAUGACUGUUUGCAAUCUGAUUUGGAUCCGGCAGCUUACAGAUUUAUGCGUUGCAUUUGUAUGUUUUUAUAAAAAAUUUUUAAUGUGGUAUUGUCUCAGCUUUGAAAAGCUUUAACUUGUUCAUGUUUGUUGAAGGCAAAAAUACGACGUU